GAACAGAGGAAGUACAGAUGAGAUGUCAGAAUAUUAAAGCAUUAGAGUAUUAGAGAAGCUGUGCAGCCAAAGUUACUGAUGCAUCCAAUCCAAUGAAUGUUGCUCGAGUGAUUAUUGCUCUAGUUUUCUGCACCUUUUUCACAGCAUCUUAUUUCACCAAUAAGUAUGUCCUGUCUAUCUUAAAGUUUACAUUUCCAACCAUUUUUCAGGGUUGGCAGACGUCCACUGGAGCUCUAUUGCUGCUGGUUACAUGGAAACUGGGUUGGGUUGAAAUCAAUGGCUUCUCCAGAUCUGCAGCAUUUUCCCAGCUUCCUGGGUGCUUCUUAUUUAUUGGAAACAUUUAUGCGGGGUCCAAAGCACUGGCACUUUUGCCCAUUCCUUUUUUCUUCGUGUUACAAAAUGUCUCAGAAGUCUUUGCUUUUCUCAUCGGAACAGUAACUCACAGAGAGAAGCCACCAUGGAUGAAAUUAUUAAGUUUGUGUAUGUUGCUGGGAUCUGCCACCAGCCUUAUGCUAUACAACCCACGGUUUGGUCCCAGUGGCUACACAUGGGCAUCCAUCCAUCUGUUCUGUGUUGGUGCAUAUAAAGUAUUCCAGAAGAACACAAAGACAAACCUUCUGAGUGAUCUUGAAGAGCAGUUCAUCAAUUACGUGACCAGUGCAUUGUUACUUGCCUCUCUUGCAUACUCGACAGGUGAUCUGUCCGGUGCCUUAGAUUUCCCUCUCCUGACUUCAUACAGGUUCCACACUGGCUGCUUGGGCAGCGCUGUAUUCAGCUUUUGUUUGAUAUUGGCAACCGUGAAAUUGAAGGGCAGUCUGUCUCAGGAGCACUGUGGCAUCUGGUUCUUCCUGGCCAAGAUACUGGUGUCAGGUCUUUCUCUUUUCCUUUCCGCAUUCAACACUGUGCUCAGCCCCGUGACUCUGUGCUGCAUUAUCCUGAACUAUGCCGGAGAGGCCUUGUUUGUGUAUUCAGACAGAUUUAAAUAAGUUUGUUGAAGAAUAUGGCCAGUGCCUUUGAAGAUGUUCCAAAGGAUUUUCCACUCCAGCUCUUUAUUGGAGUUUUAUAAAUUGACCAAAGCCAGUUGCCUCAAUGAGAUUAUUUUCAUCUUUUUUUUUUGCUUAUUUUCAGUCUCAGUUACAUAUGGAAACUUGUUUCGGCCACAAGAUAAAAAUGAAAUACAAACUGUAAUUUUUUAUUUUUUUUGAAUCUCACAAUUCUGACAAUUCAGUUUUGAGUUUAUAUUUCACAAUUCUGGCUUUUUUCCUGCAAUUCUGUUAAAAACUUCAAAUUUGUGAGAUGUAAUCUUUCAAUGCAAGAUAUAAUCUUCACAUUUUGAUAAGAAAAGUCUGAAUUGUGAGAUUUUUUUUUUUUUUUUUUUUUUAAACUGUGGUGAAAAUAGAAAAAAAAAGUGAAAUGUAAACUCAGAAUUCAAAAAAAUAAUAUAAAAAUUGUGAAUUCAGGGAAAAAAGUCAGAAAUCAGUUUUGCUUUCAGAAUUACAAAAAAAUAAAUAAAUUGUGGGAUAAAAAGUCACAACCUUUUUCAUUUUUUAUUCCAUGGUGGAAACAUGCUUCCAUAGUUACAUGUCAAAAAAGAAAUAGAAGAAAAAAGUUAAUUUUUGAAUUAAACUUAAUUCAGAUUUCCUGUUUUGCACUUAUUACACAUUUUUUCACAGCAACAUUUGUAAUUGCUGUUAGUGUUUAAACUUUGCACAUCAUUAUCCUGCAGUGUUUACUUUUGAGAGUCCUGGAUCAUAUCCUGAAUACUGUCACACCUUCCAUCAAUACUCUGUAUGAGAAUCUAUAAAAUAAAUGGAAAACAUUGGCACAUGAGCCCCUAUAACUCGCUGGUUUUCAAAAAUAUUUUUACAUAAUGUCAGCCACCAUAAACAUAUUAGUGUUAUUAGUACAAUGUGUUUGUUGUCCAUGUUAACAUUAUUCACAAUUAUUGCAGGUUGAUUGAUGGUUAUAAUAUUUUUUUAAGGGUAUUUGGAUUUUUUUUAAAUAUAGAAAUAACUCCCAAAAUUGAGACCUGCAAAAAAUACUGUGAUUAUUCUGUUUGAACUGAUUGACAUUUACUGUAUUUUGGAGCCACAUUUUAUUAUAUUGUAUUUCUAAAGCUUCUAUUAUGAAAUUGACCCAUGUAUUAUAUUAUGAAAUAACUUUUCUUAGUAUUUUAAAUCAGUUU